UCUCCGCACCGACAGGAGCGCAGCAGCCGAACCGAACGGCUCCGUUUCCACGGGAGGGAGGGGAUACGCGUCCCCGUUUCGUCUCUGCCAGUCACGCACGUGCCGGGGGAGCGACUGGCAGCCGGCGGGCUCGCGCUCGCCUCGCGGCCACUACUAGUCACCGGAAGUUCUGCUUUCUCUGACACCUGCGAAAAAGAAAAGCUCCCGGUUCGCGUCUGCAGCUCGAGCCGCGUGUCCGUGGAGCCCCGUCCGUCGUGUGGAAGCGUUCGGACCUCUAACCCCGAUGAGAGCUGAGCAGCAUCGCGCUGAUUUCUCUCUUUCGAUUGUUAUUAUCAUCAUUAUUAUUAUCGCCGCUGUUGUUGUUCGCUGUUUCCCGGGAAGGAAGGGACGCGCCUUUUCCCUUUUAAGAUGGAUAUUGAGGACAGGCAGCCUCCGCGGCUCCUUUGAUCUCCGUCCCGCAGAAGCAGAGGAAGAUGAGAAGAUGGGAAGAUGGAGGCGCAUUUAUUAAUUUCGCCGCUUCGAGCGAGCGCUCGCGCGCCCCUACUAGAUGCUUGGACGUCGGGUGCAGCGUGUCAGCGCAUCCCGUGACGCUUUUAUUGCCGUUAUUUCGCCGUUCGAUGUAAUUUGCCAGUAGGCCCGUAUCAAAAGGCGGGGUGUGUGUUGAUGAAGCAAUGCGCCGCUUGCAGCGUUUCAUGUGUGCACGCGCCGUGACGCGCGAUGCGAGUCCGGGCGGAGCGGCUCGCGCUUGAUGGUGCGGGCUGGCGCGAGGCUGACCGACACCAGCAUCAGCAUCAGCAGCAUCAGCAGCGCCAGCACCGCCAGCAGCGCCGCCCCCGCCGCCGCGUGGGCGCGCAGAUCAUGGCGAACGCGAGCGAGCCGGGGGAGAGCAGCCCCUCGCUGCGGAACUACGCCGUGAGCGCCCCCGCGGCCAAGCUCGCGUCCCUGGGGCUGAUCGCGUGCGCGAGCCUGACGGGCAACGCGCUGCUCUCGGUGCUCGUGCUCAGGGACCGCAGCCUGCACCGCGCGCCCUACUACUUCCUGCUGGACCUGUGCGCAGCGGACGCGGCGCGCGCCCUCGCCUGCUUCCCCUUCGUCAUGGUGUCCGUGGGUUCCGGCUCGAGCUGGAGCCACGGCGCCGCGAGCUGCAAGGCGCUGGCCUUCCUCGCCGUGCUCUUCUGCUUCCACGUGGCUUUCCUGCUCUUCUGCGUGAGCGUCACCCGCUACAUGGCCAUCGCGCACCACAGGUUCUACUCGAAGCGCAUGACGCGGCGGACUUGCGUGGCCGUCAUCUGCAUGGUGUGGACGCUCUCGGUUGCCAUGGCGCUGCCGCCCGUCUUCGACGUGGGCACCUACAAAUUCAUCCGCGAGGAGGAGCAGUGCACCUUCGAGCACCGCUACGUGAAGGCCAACGACACGCUGGGCUUCAUGCUCAUGCUGGCCGUGGUGGUGGGCGCCACGCACGUGGUCUACGUGAAGAUGCUCUUCUUCGUGUACGACCACCGCAAGAUGAAGCCCGCCCAGCUCAUCCCGGCCAUCAGCCAGAACUGGACGUUCCACGGCCCUGGGGCCACGGGGCAGGCGGCCGCCAACUGGAUCGCGGGCUUCGGCCGGGGGCCCACGCCGCCCACGCUGGUGGGCAUCCGGCAGGCGUCGCACAACCCCGACCGGCGCCUCCUCGUCCUGGACGAGUUCAAGACGGAGAAGCGCAUCGGCAAGAUGUUCUACAUGAUCACGCUGGGCUUCUUCGUGCUCUGGUGCCCGUACGUGGCGGCGUGCUACGUGCGCGUGUUCCUGAAGGGCGGCGCCGUGCCGCAGGUGUACCUCUCCGCCGCCGUGUGGAUGACGUUCGCGCACGCCGCCGUCAAUCCCAUCAUCGCCUUCGCCUUCAACAAGGAGCUGCGGCUGCGCCUGCGAGCGCGAUUCCCCCGCUGCCUGCGCACGCAGACGCCCAUGGAGCCCUACUACGUCAUAUAGACUAGAGGAUGCAAAAUGAGCUACGGUUACAGCAUUUGCAAUUACAACAAAGAUUUUGUUGGCGCUGCGAAAAGUUACUUGAAAGGAAAGGAUUCGUUGUUUUUCAGGAACUUGCCUAUUUAUGUUUCCCGCAGUAGCAUUUUUUCCUGCUCAGCCUUUCCUCCUUUAUUGACUUUAUCCUGAGCUCUUAUGAAGGGCCAAAUAUGCAACUGCCGAUCCAAAAUCCAGGUACACCUAAAAACACCUUUUUUUUUUCUAAGUAUUUCUACGCGUAAAUAUUGUACCGAGAGACGAGUGAUCCCCAGGCCACGUGCGUCGCUCCUAAGAACUCCACUCUUGUGUUUAUCGUGUCAUUGUAGAUGCUGCAAAAGCAAAUUUGCUGCUUUUGAUUGAACCUCUUUUAAUUGGAGAAUUUCACGUUUCACGUCGUCUUGCAUUAUUUGUGUGGACAAGAGAAACGGCCGGAACUCGAGUUUAACUUUCUCCGCCGGUUGCUCUAACGUAAGGAUUCCUUCGGACGAGUCUCUAUGAGGCUUCGGCAUCCUCUUGAAACCGCCAUAAUUUUCUCGCCCUUAGUCCAUGGCAAAGGAGUGACUUCGUAUCGAUGACUUUAAAGGCCCCGGUGCCGCUGAAAUGUUUGCAUUGUUUGUACUUUGAAAUA